UUUUAAUUUUGCCAGAGAAUUGAGAAGCGCGACACGUCAAUGCAAAAGAAAGUCUUAAACAACUUUAUAGAGGAUAAAUUGAUCGAACAUAGUCAGGCGUUGGAACAUCUCCUCCGAAUUGUUGAAAAUAAUGAAGAGUUAAUUAAACAAUUAGUUAAAAAUUUUACUACAACUGUUGACAAGCCGAAGUUACCAGAAAAAGUUGAGGUACCUAAACCAACUAGACGUAAUAAUGGAGAUGAAGAAAUGGUAGACAAUAUUAUUUUUAGAUAUGGAAAAAAAAUUCCAAUAUAUGGAACCCUAUUUAAAAAUGUUAUUUUGAAAAAUUUUGAUGAUAGAACAGAUCCUAUGCCGUUACUUCUCUUCUUCCAGUUUAUGUCUCGUCGGUCCAUGCAAAGUAAGCCUGUGAUUACAUCAAGUUUGUCAAUGAAUAACGACGCUAUCAAUGCAUGGUGUGAAGUCGCCUUGUUAUGUCAGAAACGUUUCAAUCCAGUUUGUGGUUAUGAUGACAACUUCGGUUAUGCGAAAUUUGAUGACAUUUGUCAUAUGUUUCAAGUCAAUUGUUAUUGGAAACAUAAUUUUGCUUUAGUGCCUAAUUGUAGGCCAUUCAUAUAA